UUUGUUUGAUUAAUGUUGGAUCUCGUUUUUAAAACUUUUAAAACAUGAGUAAAAAACAUGUAGCAGUUUGCCGCCUGUGUGCGACGGAAACGUGGAACAGAGUGGCAAUAUAUUCCCGGGUAAAUCCUUCAGAUAACAGAGUCGAAGAAUUGAUCAAGCUUGUUGGAAUAGAGGUAAAUCGUAAAACUGAGCCAAAAGCAGUGGUAUGCUACGAAUGUUUUACAACGCUAGAAGAGUUUUAUAGAUUUAAAAUACAAUGUCAAGAAAACGAUAAGCGUAUGAGAAAUAAUUGUCAAAAAUCGGUAGAUUCAAAAGCUCUAGACCAAAAUACAAAACAGGAUGAGACAACACAUUCUGGGGAAACAUCAGGCAACGGCCAGACAAACGAAAAGAUAUCGAAUGCUAAAGUUGAAACCGUCGUAUCACCUGGAAAUUCCAGUACACAAAACAAAGCAGUUAUUAGUUCUCAAGGAGCCGCUGAUAAUGAAGUAUUGGAGGGUGUGAAUAUGGAAGACGAAUAUUCGAAGGUAACUGGGUAUUCGAAGAUACCAACCAGAUUAAUCGGAUUAUCCGCGCUAAAUAAAAUGCUCGUUCUAUCCGAAUCAUACGGAAAAUUUUUCCACUUUGUGAAAAGGUCACGAUCCAUCUACUACGAUCUGGUUUUUGAGGGAGAACACUAUAAUUCGGCUUUAUUUACACCUCGAAUAACUUCCUGGCAAUGCAUUUAUCGAAAGAAGCUAAACUGUAAGGCUCGAAUUUGUUGCACAAACGAUUACAAACAUUUUGAGAAAAAACGCCCUCAUUCGCACGGGAUUUUGUUACCAAAAAAAAGUGGAGUGGUAUUUCAACCGGCUGAGGCCCUACCCGAUAUAUUCAAAAUCUGUCGACAGCAUAUUGAAAAGAGAUACAACAGACAGCGGCAAUCAGAGAGUGGUGGACAAGUAGCGACUUCUGAACCUGCUAGCUCAACUAAAAAGUGCUCUAAUACCUUUUCAGAAGAGUCUAGCUUCAAUGGUGAAGUCUUCAAUUCUACAGAAUUCGUAGAAAUAAAUACAGACGACCUCGACGAUUAUAUCGUUGAGGCACUGGAUGAAUCAAUGAAAAGUUUACCCGUCGAAGUUGUUUACGAAGACGUUAAUACUUUUGAUAAAUUAGAAGACACCGAUGGCGACCAGAUGGUUGUAGAAUGUCCACCUGAAUCGAAAGAAAAGUCCAACAUAAAUCAAAACGAUGAAUCAGUCUCACUAAAAAUAACUCGUUGUUCUACGGAAAAUUCUUCGUCUCAUGUGGAGGACGAGCGUGACACUAUGAACAAUACACAGAGCGAUAAUAAGCAACCAACCCCUGUCGAAGCCAUCACAGAUGAUACUGCUGAUAAAUUAGACGGCUCCGACGGCUAUACGAUGAAAAGUGCAACUAGAUCUAAGAAAAGGCGCAACAAGAAUAAAGUUGGAACAACAAAGCCUUCAAAAAUAGCUCGUAAUUCUACGAUAAAUUCUUUGUCAUACGCGGAGGAUGAACGUGAUUCUAUGAACAAUACAGAGAACGGUAACGAGAAACCAAUCCCCCCUGUUGAAAUCAUCGAAGAUGAUAUUGCAGAUAAAUUAGAAGGAACUGAUAGCGAUACGAAGGUUGUAAAAAAUGCAACUAGAUCCAAGAAAAGGGCCAACAUGAAGAAAGUUGAAAAGACAAAACCAUCGAAAAUAGCUCGUAAUUGUACGAAAAAUUCUUCAUCACACGUGGAUAAGAACCGUGACACUACGAACAAUACAGAAAGCGACUCGGAACAACCAACCCAAUUCCAUUUAACGAUUGAUACGCAAGUUGUGGGCAAAAAUGAUUUCAGCAAUCCGGUUCUCGCCAAAUCAUAUCCGGACUAUAUUUACUUCGAAAAGAAUGCUCGUUCGAUCAAUUACACUCUUGUGUUCUUUGGUGAACGAUUUAAUUCGGCCCACUAUGGAGUCCAUUACACGUACUGGCAGUGUGCGCAUCGUAGACGAUUUAGUUGUAAAGCAAACCUCACCGUGGCCAAUGAUUAUACAGCAUUCGAACGAAGGUUUCACCAUACCCACGAGAAAAUCAAUGUUAAGGAGGGAACCAUUUUUACACCUCAUCAAGCAUUACCGGAUCUAUUUAAAAUAACCAAAAGCCUGUCUGCAUGGAAAAGUUUACGCACUGGAAAUGGAUCAAACUUGGAUGAAACAAUUGAUGAAUCUGAACGAAGCGCACACAUCAAUGACUGCAAUAACAUUGCAGAAGAUGAUUCAAAACGCACUGAGACAGUUGACAAGCAACGAGUCACGAAAAAGAUAGCAGGAACACGGCAUAGCCCCAUUGACAUACCGGAGGAGUGCAGAGUAUAUAGCGUCCCCGAGAUGGAAAAGAUGUUGGUGCUGGCCGAUUCAUACCCAGAAUCUUUUCAUUUCGAGAAAGGUCCCCGCCAAACAUACUUUACGAUGAUCUACAAAGGUGAACGGUACAAUACGCCUUGUUUCACUCCUCGAACCACUUAUUGGCGGUGCGCAAACAAGAGGAGGUUUGACUGUUCGGCUGUGGUUAGCGUAAGUAACGAUUAUCUUACGUUCGAGCGGAGAAACGAGCAUAACCACGAACAACAGCCGGAAAAGGAAGAAAAUGUAUACACUCCGAAAGAAGAAGCUCUUCCUUUGAUUUUUGAAGCUUGUAGGAGAACUGUGUAUAAGAAAUGUUCGCACGAUAUGGUGAAACGGCUGUGGGCGGAAAAGGCAAUCAACCUGCAAAAGGCCAAGGAAAGUAAGAGUGUUAAAAAUCAAAAAUCUUCUCGUGACAUAGAAGACGAUUCUCUAUCUGAUAAAUUUUUUGGGUUUGGUGAUGUAGAUAAGUAG